ACUUUACCAAACCCCCAACCCAGUCUAACAACGCACACACCGCCACCCAACAUCUCUUCUGUCCAACCAUCCAACCACUCUCCGCAAUCUGCGACGACUACGUGAGAAUCAUACCUGAUAUCUAGAAAUCCCUACCCGCUUAAGGGAACAAACUCAUAAUGUCUUAUUACAACAACUACCACCAUCAACCAACAGCACCUACAUCUUCGGUUCCGCACAACCACCAUGGCGGUCGGAAUCGGAGAGCACCUAGAUUAUCUGUAUCUCAGAACUCCCAAAAACAGUUUCGUGGUGUAAGGAGCAUGAAAGAGUUGAGCGAGUCCGCAUCCGUGUCCGCCUUCCGAUCACAAUUCGAAGCUAGUCGCUCAUUCGACCUGGAGGAUGACAUGGAGUUUUGCCCCAAGCUACUGACGGAGACUGAUCUUGUGUCAAUAAGCAGCGCUUCUUCCGAUCGCUCAUCAUUGUCCAGCAACUCGCCAAAUGCUUCUCCCACACAACACCCGCAACAAAUCGCAUCUAACUUCUCUCUGAAUUCUACCUCUCCGGCUUUCAUUCCUCCUACUUUCCACAGUCAGCAGUCGAGCCUCAAGUUGCACGCACCCGCCGCCACCCGGGCGCGCAACGCAAUUCCGAUCAUCAACCCCGCUAAUGGCAUGACUAUGUCGAGCCCGCCGCCAUCCGUUUCACCCGCCAGGAUGCAACAUAUCGGCCGACGGUGGUAGAUGGCUCGUCGUAUCGCUUCCACCUUGGACGUCGAUAUGACUCACCAUCUACGCACUCGUUUGCAGUUGUUCUGAACAUCUUCUAAUUUCCGUUUAGAAGUCAUUCGCUACUCACGAUAGUUGUUCAUCUUGGCAGGCACCGGAACGGGCA